UUCUAUAAACAAAUACAACUAAUUGUAAAACACGUGACUUUGUUUUGGUUUUGUUUACAUUUUCUCACAUUUAGUGUUCAUUUGAAAUCUUAUGAAGUCUUCAGACUGAAGAUGUCUUUAAAUCAAAAGAACAGAUUGUAUGAGAAAACCAAUGAAGAUGUUAGCAUUUGUGACCAAAAGAUACAACAGUGGAACAAGUUUUUGAAAGAUUAUGAGGCUUUAGAUAACAGAUUGACCACAAUUACCGAUCGGACAACACAUGAAGUGAUGGUACCGAUUGCCGGAUCAGAUCUGGCUUUUAUGCCAGGAUUUAUCAAACAUACAAAUGAAAUAUUAGUUUUAUUGGGUGAUAAUUAUUUUGUUGAGAGAUCAGCAAAACAGGCCAAAGAAAUUGUUAGCCGAAGACUUCAAAGUUGCCAUAAAAUGAUCGAUGAUUUGAAUAAAGAGAAAGACAAUCUCAAGAAGUGGUUGGAAUUUACACAACAAAUCAAUGAAGAAAAUCAAGAGUUUGUUGAGAUUGUCGAAGAAUAUGAUGAAGAAAAAGAAAAGAAAUGGAAAGAAGAGCAUAAAAGACGUCUUCAGGAAUAUAAGUUUAAACAAAAAUCGAUGAAACAGACAGAAGAUAAAGAAAUAAAUGAAAGAUUAAGUAAAAUGGAAAUCGAAGAAAAAAAUGAAGUAAAAUCAGAGCCGAAGUCAAUACUUAAAAAAAGUGUCUCUUUUGCACCAAAUGUUAAAACUUUCGACACGUUUAAUGAAAACAAGUCUUCCGUUAAAACAACAGAAUCGCCAAAUUUAAUAGAAAAAUCCGAUGAAAUCAGUGAUGAGUUAGCCUUUAAAAAUGAGGUCAAAGAGCGUAAUGUAGACAUUGAUUGGUCUCAAGUGAUGAAUACAACAGAAAAUAAGUCAACAAAGAAAAGUGUUUCACGUUUUAAAAGCAAUCGUAUGAAUUGA